AUGUCUUCAUUGAAGGAACUAUUAUCGUUACUCCUUCUAUCUUCUCCUGUGAAGAACUUCCAGGGGUCUACUGAUAGUACAAAAUCGGUGUACAAUCCGAUUUUACAGAUCGUUAAAGGGAGAUCUAGUGAAUUACUCAAAGGUAGUGAGUAUGAUGAGAUCUUACAUAGUAAAGAAGCUCAGGACAUACUUUCCCAAUACCCUUCAGCUGACUUAUUUUCCGUGCUUAACUUAUACAUUGACCAUAUCAGACACCUGUUGAGUGAGAAAUUCGGCGAUGAUGGCGAAGUACAUUUCCAUAUUUUAGCCAUAGCAUUUUUCCAAACCUUCAUUCAAUUGAAUUUCACUGGUCCUGGGAUCGAAUACGACCAAAGUUCAUGGUUCACCACUGACAAGUCAUUAGUACAAUUGGAAGCUUUAAAAUUGUUAACUUUACAAGGACAACUGCCUUAUGGAUUAAUGGUUGAUCCGAUUUUUUUCAUUAUUUCCAGUAUUAUGUUUGAAAAGUUAAUGAACAUCGGUGAAGAUUCAUCCUUAGUUAGUGAUAAUGGAGUUUUAGAGGUUGAAAAGUUAUUGAAGAAAGUUGAGAAUUUUGUGUCAAUUGCCACAAACAUAAAUGACACAAAUACAAAUGACACAAACACAAAUGACACAAAUACAAAUAAAAAUGCAUUUGUGGCCAGUAUUUGUUGGUGGAGAUCAAGACUUUUACAAGUUCAUUUAUCAUUAUUUUCUGAACCUGUUAGUAUCAUAACUUCACUUUGUACCUUAUUAUUGGUUCCUGAAAUGGUUAACCAUCUUUGUGGAUCUCAAGAUAAAAAUGUCGUGUUACAAAAAAACUUACAAAUAAUUUUCUACCUUGAAACUGCCAGAUUCGGUAUUCAUUCCCAAACUGAACAUUUAACUAUCCCAUUAUUAGGUAAAGCUCGUACUAUCUCCGACUUACAAUUGGUGGUAACGGGUGCCAGAGCCAAAAGAACUAAGUAUCAACAAUUUUUCACUUCCAAUAUGAUUGUGCUUGCUCAAAGUAAACCUGAUCAGUUCUAUGAUAACAGUGGUGAAGGUCAUAUUGAAGAUUUUGACCUUAAUUCUGAUGUUUUACUUGAAAGACCACAUUUUGAAUCCCUUGAAAAUGUCGAAAUACCUGAUGAACCCAACACCAAAAGAAUCAGAUUUAAUCCAUCAAUUGAAAUUGAAGAUGAUGGUACAGAAAGGUUAAUCCCCAUCGCUAUCAAUAGUGACGACAUUCCUGAAAAUUUGAAACAAUUGGAUCCUAACAAUCAACCACCAUUGAAUGAUUUGGAUAAUAUCCAAUUACUAUUGAGGUUAACCACAUUAAGACAAACCUCCCCAGCACAAAAUCCAUUGGUUGAAGAAGAAUUAAUGGCAUUAAUAAGUAGAAUUCUUUUUGUGGAUAGUAAAAAUGUCGCGGCCACAAAUACAAAUGUCACAAACCCAGAAACCACAAAUACAAUUAAACCCAAUUGGUUGAUUUUUUCUCGUAGUUUAUGGGAAAGAUCACUUUCAGAAACCACCAAAGCCAAAACCAUCGAAAGAGGAAUCCUUCAAAUGACUUCUUUAAUCGAAGAAAUUGGUAUUAAGAUCAAAUCAAGAAUUAUGCCUCAAGCUAUGGAGGCUGAUGGGGCUGAUGGAUCACAUCCUUCAGCUUCCAGGUUAAGAUUCAUCCACCAAAUGACCUUAAUGCCACAAUGGCUGAUGGACACAAAGUUGGCGGAAAAAUACAUGUCAAUUGGGGUUUUAAGGUCAGCUUUAGAGAUUUAUCAACGGUUGGAAAUGUGGUGCGAGGUGGCGCUAUGUUACGCCGCGGUGGAUAACGAGGCUCAGGCGGAAAAAGUCCUUUUGGACAGAAUUCAAAAACACCCCGAAGAUGCUCGUGCCAUCUCAAUUCUUGGGGAUUUAAGACAAGAUCCUGUUUUGUGGCAGAAAGCUUGGGAAAUAGGUCGAUACUAUCGUGCCAAAGCUUCAUUAUCCCAGUACUAUUAUUCACCUCCGCCAGUUUCAGGGUUAUCACAAAACUUGAACUUGGCUAUCCAACAUAUGAACGACUGUUUGAAGCAGAACCCUUUAAGUUACGAGAAUUGGUUCUUCUACGGAUGUUGUGGAUUGGAGUCUGAACAGUACGAAUUGGCCGCGGAGGCUUUCUCGCGAUGUGUGGCCCUAGACGAUACCAAUUCGCACGCCUGGUCCAAUUUAGCCACCGCCCUCUUAAAGUCCGGUAAGGUGCCAGCAGCUUUUAAUGCCUUAAAGAAAGCUCUUCGUAGUGCUAGUGACAAUAAGGGGUCGUGGAAAAUCUAUGAGAAUUACCUUAUCGUGGCAAUGAAGCUCCAUGAAUGGAACGACGUGCUUAUCGCUACCAGGGAACUCAUUGGUCUUAAAGGUGAUGGGGAGAGAUCAAUUGAUAUCCCCGCGAUCGAAAAGCUUAUAGAAAUCUUGGUUGGGUCGGAGUACCCUAACGAUGACGGCAGACUUACCCAUUACCAAAAAUCAUGUAUUGACUUGGUGUGUAAUGUGUUACCUACGGUGAUUACUACCGACUCGCGGUGCUGGAGAAUGGUGGCGCGGGUGGAGCUUUGGAGGAAAAAACCCUGGGCCGCAUUGGAAUGCCACGAGAAAGCUUUUAGGGCGGUGUCGUCGCGACCAGAGCUCUCUACUAACGAGAGCAUUUGGAACGAAGCUGUGGACGCUUGCAGUGAUUUAGCGGCAGCUUAUGAAUCUUUAGGGGAGUUACCAGGGAAACACAAUGCUGGGGAUGUUGUGUGUCAAGAUUGGAAGUAUAAGGCCAGAACAAGUGUCAGAUCAUUGAUGUCGAAAGGUAGAGAUUCGUGGGAAGAUAGCGAGGGAUGGUAUAAAUUGAAGGAUCUUAAGGAUGAGUUUGCCAAUUAG